AUGAACAAGCACUUCGCCACAAGACACAAAGCCAACGAGAUGAACAAGCACUUCGCCACAAGACACAGAGUUUGCCAACGAGAUGAACAAGACACAGAGCUGCCAACGACAAUGAACAGGCACUUCGCCACAAGACACCAAAGUUGCCAACGAGAUGAACAGGCACUUCGCCACAAGACACAAAGUUGCCAACGAGAUGAACAGGCACUUCGCCACAAGACACAAAGUUGCCAACGAGAUGACAGGCACUUCGCCACAAGACACAAAGUUGCCAACGAGAUGAACAGGCACUUCGCCACAAGACACAAAGUUGCCAACGAGAUGAACAGGCACUUCGCCACAAGACACAAGUGCCAACGAGAUGAACAGGCACUUCGCCACAAGCCACAAAGUUGCCAACGAGAUGAACAGGCACUUCGCCACAAGACACAAAGUUGCCAACGAGAUGAACAGGCACUUCGCCACAAGACACAGAGUGCCAACGAGAUGAACAGGCACUUCGCCACAAGAACACAAGUUGCCAACGAGAUGAACAAGGCACUUCGCCACAAGACACAAAGUUGCCAACGAGAUGAACAGGCACUUUCGCCACAAGACACAAACCAGACAAAGUUUGCCAAACGAGAUGAACAGGCACUUCGCCACACAAGACACAAAGUUGCCAACGAGAUGAACCAGCCACUUCGCCACAAGACACAAGGUUCCAACGAGAUGAACAGGCACUUCGCACAAAGACACAGAAGUGCCACGAUGAACAGGCACUUCGCAACAAGACACAGUUGCCAACGAGAUGAACCAAGCACUUCGCACAAGACGACAAAGUUGCCAACAGAGAUGAAGGCAAGCACUUCGCCACAAGACACAGAGCUGCCAACGAGAUGA